AUGGAAAAAUUUACCAUUGAAUACCAAGAAUACCCCUCAAAAACACCUCUCCAUCCUCUAAAAUCACCUAACUAUUUCGCCAACAUCUCUGAUUCCCCUAUCCUAAUCCAUCCACACAAUAUUCCCUUCUUCAAGCACAUUAAACAAUUCAUCAAUGACAUUCCUCCAGAAAAUAUUGGAGAAAUUAAACACUACCACAACAUCCUACAAUCACUGACAAAAUAUCCUUUACCACUUUCUGAAUUCAACGAUUUUGCCAGGUUAAAAGGAAUGGAUACGCAAACAGCAUGCGUUUUAACUAAAAUUCCUGGGAACAGUGAUUGUUGUUCACAUUCAUCAGCGUUCAAAAAACAACGUCUCACUGAAGCUAGACGUUUUUGUAAAUUAUUGUUAAGGAGCAGCAUACAAACCCAACACUAUCAAUUGUCAAUGCCACCAGGUUUGCAUACAUCGCCAGUGAAAGCAAUGGAUACUUCCAAGCGAUUAUACACACCGCCAAAUGGCAGCUCCUCAUGGGCUGCCCUAAUCAUCUUAUUUAUACUCCAUACAAAUACGAAUUCCACUCGUUUUAGAUUGUCAAACCUAGUGAAUUUAUCUGAAAGACUUUUGAAGAUAAUUCCCUGUUCCAGAGUAGACGUAACAUCGCUUUCUAAACUCAUAAAACGCAAUUUGGUGACCUUCCACAAUGAAUUUUUCAAACCUAAAAGGAUUAACGACACUGACAGUGAUAGUAGGCCCAAGAGGUUCAUGAGUAAAAUGGCCGAUAUGUACUAUUACUCCAUAACAGAGGAUGGGUUGUCUGUGGGUAGGAUUUUGAUAGUGAAUGUUAAAAUAUCAAUUAAGUCUCUUAUUGAGAACAUUUUUCCAAGCUACAACACUAAUAUGGAUGAUAGAAGUAUGACAUACACCCCAAAUAGAUCUCAAUCCCAACAAUUAACCCAAAGCACUAGUAUCAGCUCACCAAGAUCUGUCAAAUUGUCGUAUAAUAAAGCCACUCAUAAUAUACCAGUAGAUUUUUAUUCAUUAGCAUGCAAACCAAAAAGAGACCUAAAGGAUACCCAUCAGCAAAAUAUCACUAGGGAUUACAUCAGUGACAUAAUAUUAAUACCACACGAUGAAUCUGCCCCAAAUGUACCACAAAAAAUAGACAAUAGUGACUCUACAAUCAAAAGGUGCCUAGAUCCCAUAGCGGACGAUUGCACAAUAGCUGCAGAUACUUUAUCACUAAAAACCAGAAAGUGUGAUGCCAUAUCUACCACAACCCCCAAUUUAGAUGCAUUUCUUGAAUUUACAAAUUUAAAGCAUGAAUUUGACAACACUGGUGAUGAUAAUUACAGACGAAAUCUUUUCCCCGCUAAUUUUUUGCCUGGUUACCAUAAUUCACCAAACAAAGAUAUUGGAAACGAUGGAUUAAUUAAUAAUGACACUUGUGACAAUGACAAUUAUAAUUUGGUCGUUGUAAUUGACAAUCGGGAAUUUGGAGGGUCUAGAUUAAAGUAUUAUGAUUUAUUGAUUGAUAUUCUAAAGAGAGAACGUAUAAAAUACAAAAUUUGCACUUUACCCUUAGGAGAUAUCAUUUGGGUCUGUUACAAACACACAUAUAGUGGUGAUUCAUCAAAGUGUGGAAUGAGUGGCAGAAAUAGUCUAUUUGCAGGAGGAGAUGCAUAUGUUCUCGGUUGGAUAAUAGAGCGUAAAACUGUAUCCGACCUUCACUCUUCAAUCUUAGAUGGGAGAUACGACGAGCAACGACAAAGGCUAUUAGAAAGCGGAAUGAAGCAGAUUAUUUACUUAUAUGAAAGUUGCACCGAUAGCGUUGAUACUUCUCCCACUGGUAGCUACUGGAAGAAACACGCCAACCCCAAAAUGUUUUCCUCAGCAAAACUAAAUAUCCAAUUCAUAAACGGGUUCAACGUCAUAAACACUUCGUCACCAUCGCAUACUGCCGCUUUUAUUGUGAGAUUUCAUAGGCAAUUAGAAUCGCUAAUUUGUAAUAUGGCAGACAUCAAAAGUUUUAAACAAAUAACUGAUGAUGACAAUAAAAAAUUAUCUUUAUGGUUAAAAAGCCCAGAAAAUUGUUCCUUGUGGGAUAACUGGAUUUUAAAAACUCGUAAAGACUACAAUAUAACAUAUAAACAUAUAUUUGGAAAGCAAUUAAGAUGUAUCCCAACUUGUGGCCCAAUUGCUACAGCUGCUAUACUAAACAAAUGGCCCACACCUAAUGAACUGGCUACGGCGUUAGCUGUGGAUGAAGAUAUCCUGUCAUCCUUGCAAAUUGGAAAGAAGAAACUCAUUGGAAAGAAGCUAGUAAAACAUAUUCUAAAAUUAUAUAAAUCACGCGGUUAA